CCAGAAGCAAUGCACAGUAAAUCUAUCGGCCCUCAGACAGAGUGGCGACACCAUGCCAGCCAGAAUAGGCGGGGAAAACUUCAAUUUGAUAGAAAUGCUUCUCCCAAGGCCCUCAAGCAGGAAUAUUCUACUGCCCGCCUCGAAAACGAAAUCAAGAAGAUGCUGCUCCAGCCACCCCGCGCUCCCGCCGCAAUUCCUCGGUUACGAUCGAUUCGAGAAGUGUUAUGGGAUUCUGGUCGAAUACGAGAGGCCAACCUUGCCCACUUAUUCGCCCAGCUGUCGGCGAAGCAAGGAUUUCAUGACGACGUCUUCAGCAUACUGGAAGAACUUCACGACGCAGGGGUCACCCUACUUCCUUUGCAGUACGAGAACAUCGUGGAGCAAUUAGGAGAAGCGUUCGCGUGGAAGCCGCUCUUGGACCUCGUCGAGCUCGUUCACUCCAAAAUUUCCCGAACAACCAGUCGAAUACUCAAGCUUCGCAUCUCCGCAUUAGUAGGGCUUGGCGACUACCGCAGUCUCGAUGGGAUACUGGCAGAGUUUGGGGAAUGGAACAUAAAGCCAGAUCGGGAGACGUACGAGCGCUUGAUUGCUGGAUGGAUGCACGUCUCGAAUAUUGAGAAGGUGCAGUCGUUGAUCGAUCUCAUGAAGUCAUCGGGCUAUCACAUUACCGCAAAUACAUGGAAAGCUUUAGUAGCAGGGUAUACCUCGCGCAAUACGUCCACAGUGGAGGAACGAGUUCUCACCAUCUUACGUGGACUGUCUGUUACUGGCGGAUGCGAGCAAGUUCACAAGGUCCUUACUGACUGUCUUGUUCGCCACGACAUUUCUGGAGCAAACUUCAUCCUAAAUCUGUUCGAGCCUUCACCCAUUCCCGAAAGACACCAAGCAAUGCACAUCGCUGAGACAGCACGGAACAGUCUCGCACCGAACGCAAGAACGUUCGCGAUUCUGCUAAAGCAUCUCCCUAACAUUGUGGGCUACGGGGAGGUUCCAAAGCUCUGGCGACACAUGGAAACGCUCGGCAUUACCCCGACUGGUCAAACGAUUGCGGCCCUUAUGGAAGCACACAUCCAGGUCGGGAACUUGUCAAUGGCUGGACGAAUAGCGUACGACAUUUGCCGGCCUAAAUUGUCCAGUGAUAUCCAAAAUGCAUGGCGGCAGCUUUUCAAUUGGCCUGCUGAGCCGAACUCCAUCGGGUUUCGACACUAUUCCCCAGACAUACAGAUAUUCGAGGCCCUUCUCCACGGCGUUCUCGAGAACACCGGUCUUCGUGGAGUCCUCCUCUUAAUUCCCGCAAUGCAUGCUACUAACAUCGAACCGACCAGUCGGACCGUUCUCUUAAUCCUGAAGUUUGUCAGACAACGGAUGAAUGUUGAGGUCCCGGGGUUGUCACAAUUAGUCAAUGCGUUGGCCAGCCAUACCAAGCAACGCGGUCCUUCUCUCCACCACCUUAACGAGCUCCUCCUGGCUGCAGUGGAAGAUAAUGAGUCAAAGUCCCAGAAUAUUGGAUGGAAGUCAUUUUACAGUAGACUCAUAUCGCCCAAAGGCAAUCCCGAGCAUAUCACCUCCGAUCCAUCUAUGACGAUGACCGCCGGUCUUGUCGUAUCCCAUGCCGCCGGUGGAGAGUUCAACUCAGUAGUUGAUUCCCUGAAAGAUAAAGGCCAAACUCCUGAUGCGUUCACCUACAACCUUCGGCUGAGAUAUGAAGCCAUCACUAAAGGGGACAUGGCUGCCGCCGAGCGCGUUCUUGCGGACAUGCUGGAUCGUGGGAUACGCCCCAAUGUCCAUCAUUGGCUUGAUCUCAUGCGUGGCUGCAUACGACUAGGCAAUAUGGCAAGUGCGGAAAGGAUCAUCGAUGCAAUGCGAUACAUGAAGUUCGAAGUGGACGUUCGGACUUACACUGUGCUUAUGCACGGUUACGCGGGUAUACAUGAGCCAGAAGAAGCCAUGCGUGUUUUCCAGACGAUGUUGGAGCACGACAUACGGCCUGACUGGGGUGCUGUUGAUGCUCUGGCCGGCGCAUACUACGGCGCGAAGCAAUUGGAUGAGGCCCGGCAAGUUCUACUGGAGUACUGGUCCUACGUCGCACCAUUUCCCCCCGAAUUACUUCACGCGCCCUUAUCGAUUCUUAUUGCCAACUUCCGUGCAGCGCAGCACAAAGCACAGCCGGUCAACAUACAUAGCUGGGACGGCGGGUAUGUCACGGACGGCAAGAUGAGUGGUCCACAAAGGCAUAGUCAUGCCAAAGAUAUCACGAAGGCGGUGAUCAAUUCUUGGACCACGGUGUUUGGCGAUAAAGGGAAUCGCAGUCUGCUCAAUUACAGCGAGUCCAAUCCUCUCGGUACGGUCUCUCGAAGUGUUUUCUUCAUUUCGAAAUACCGGGAAAGAGUACUGCGCCGCCUCGGCAAACGAAUAUGGUUGAUGCGAGGAGAGGCAAUACAGGCAUGGGAGAGAGAGAGUGGGAAGAAGUGGGCCGAACAGUCCUCAAAAGAUCGAGAAGCGCUUAAGCUACAGGCAUGCCUCAUGCUACAUCCCGCCGAAUUGCGCGUUUUCAACUCAUGGGAUGUUGUUCGAGAAGGGACGUUCCAGUUCGACCACGCCAUUGUAUCACCAUCUGCAUUUGAUGAAGAAAGCAAAUUUACAGCACCAACCGAGUUAAGACUGCGAGCGGCGGACUGAGGAUAGGUUCCUUUCUCAUGGUGGCAUCACAAUGUACAGUAUCCUGGCACACGUCCUGCUUGCCUACAUCUCCCGUACUCGUGAUAAU